GUUAAUAUUCAUGCAUCAUUUGCACUCAUUCAUAAUGAAAGUUUAUGGCACCUAAACUAAUGGCACCUUCUGUGUUUCAUAGUGUGUUUCAUAAUAGGCCUAUGUCACGGAACAAUUGAAGACCGGAAGAAGCUUGCGGAGUAGGGUAACUGCUCUUCCGCUUAGCUUAGCUAAGCUGUUUACCAUGGCGGAGGCAGAUCGAUACAACCUACCUAAAUUGUCCUACGACAACGUCCUAAGGAUCGUAAAUCAGCACUCACGUGUCGAAACAUCUAAACUACGCAAAGGAUAUAAGUUCUUCUGGGAGAAGUACAUUUUUAAUUACAGAAGUAAGUGUUUCAAAUCUGUUGACACUGUGUAGCUUGAAUGUGACAGAUAGCACUAAUGCUGCUAUCCAUUUUGAUGGUACGCUGGUACGAACGACCAGCUUCAGCGAGAACGUGACGUAUUUCCCUUGCUCCAGCCUUCCAGAUGCCAAUUGUGUCUGACGAGUUUGAAAAGAAUGGACGCCAAAAGGAGAGCAGUUUUGUCAAUCACACUGGACACUUUCCUAGAACAGGAAAUCAUGGCUGUGAUUUUCCUGAAACAGUUCCAGAAUCUCGUGGAAGAAGAUAGAAGUAAACACAAACGGGCUGUGGUUGAGGCUCUGUAUGUGCUGCGGCCCAGAGUGAACAUUAUCCUGAAGUCUGGCACAGAGUGGCAGAUAAUGCUAGACAUGGAUGAUCACAAAUUUGCCCGGCAUUUCAGAGUAUCCAAAACCCGGUUUGACGUCCUUAAAGAGUACCUACAGGAGGGUGGCCUGCAAUGUGACCACAGCCAUGGGCUGCCCCCCCUGCCUAUUCCCAAGAAGGUACUCAUGUUCCUGUGGUACAUGGGUAACCAGAACUGCUUCCGGGAGAUAUCAGACAAGUUUAACGUCUCAUCUUCAUCAGCACACCGCACCAUACUCCAAGUGCUAACCAUCAUGUCCACCCUUGGCUGGGGUUUUGUCUCUUGGCCUAAAGGCUGUGAGAAGAGGGUGUCUGCCACCAGCUUCCAACGCACAUGUGGCCAUGAGAGGGUCAUUGGAGCGAUUGAUGGCUGCCACAUUAGAUUACAGUGUCCACGGGUCAGAGGAGUGGACCACAUGAACAGGAAGUCCUUCUACUCUGUCCUCCUCCAGGGGAUUGUGGAUGCUGAAGGCCGAUUCAUCAAUGUCUUCACUGGAAUGCCUGGCAAAGUGCAUGAUGCCCGGCUGCUGCGGUCCUCCUGGUUUUUCCAAGAAUGGCAGGAGAGGAUGGGGGAGUACCGUCUGCUGGGGGAUAGUGCAUACAUCGGUCAGGAUUUUCCCUUCAUCAUCUCCCCCCGGCGUGACAACGGGGCUCUUACUGAUGCAGACCUUCGUCGCAACACCGACAUCAGCCGGGGAAGAGUCAUCAUUGAGCAGGCAUUUGGGAGGGAUGAAAUGCAAGUGGAGGCGCAUUAG